UAUGUAUGUAUGUAACAACAUGUGGAUGUAUGUUGUAUAAGACAUGUUCAAUUGUAAUUGGAAUGCAAACAAAUUAACAACCGACACCCACAAGAACAGAAAAGUGCAAAAAAAAAAAAAAAUUAUAACAAAAGCAACAACACUAAGUAGCUACAUGAGAGCAUUAAUGUGCGGCAUUUAAAAACCAAUAAGUCAGUUAAGAAAAAACCAAACAAAACCAUAAUAAAUAAAUACAAAUAAACAAAACAAUUAACAAGCAAGCAUUAUUAACAAUAACAAUAACACCAAAUACACAUUCUUCUUACGUGCCAUGUGCAGAUAUGUGGCAGUAGCGGUGUAAAGUAYUAUUCUAUGCUCCGACGUCUUAGGGCGGCAUAGUUGACAAAGUGAAUGUGACAACAAGUGAUAAGCAAAAGAACGGAAAGAGCGAAACAACGAGCGGGCAACUCAUUUUUACAAAAUUACAAAUACAAACAUUCAACAUGCCAGUUCCUGUGAAUUACCGUUGCAGAUUAUGCGCCGACAGUCUAAUUGCGGUUAUUGUUGUUCUGCGGCUGCUGCUCUUCCUGACUCGUGUCGGUCAUAGCACCUGUCAUGACCCUGUCGUCUACUUUCCCAUGUCUGCAGUAAAACUAAAUCUGCCAUUUAACGAAAAGUCACARAGUAUAUUUUCCAAAAUACCAAUUGGACGCUUUCAAAUAUUGCCCGUUGGUAAAGACAAUGAGGACAAAACUAAAGAAUAUCUCUACACUUUGGAUAAUAACGAACUGUUGCAUGUGAACGGCAGCACCGGAGAGGUCUUCAUGAAGGACGAUUAUCAAACCACGCAGAAAARGACGAAAAUAAUUUUAACCGCCAUACCACGGGAUGAGCACAAUGCGCUUGACAAAAUACCGCAAAUGACAUUGGAAGUGACGCCACAGGCGGAAGCUGAGUAUUGCGCGAAUUUGGAGAAUGUCUGCUUUUGGGAUGCAGCGCAGUACACGAUAGUGGAAGAUGCCACUGCUAAGGAGUCGGAGCAGUUGAGUACUUCCGAACCUUUACGAGUGGGUACAUUAAAUCCACGUGCCACACGCUAUCUCUGCCCCACGAUGGAUGUGAAAUACACGCUAACGAGUGGUGAUAAAUAUUUCACAUUAAAAAAUAAUGAAAUCUAUACUAAAGUACCACUGGAUUAUGAGUAUUUCAACACAACAGAAGUGAAAAAUUUCGCAGUGAGCGUCGCUUGCACUAUUAAAAUGAGCGACGUUAAAACGUUGGUGUUCAAUAAGACGCUGCAUGUGGCGCUUUUGGAUCGCAAUGACAACGGACCGGAGUUACAAAAUGAGGGCGUCUACAAUUUCUURUUGGAUAAUCCACAUUUCAAACAGGACGAACCAAUUGGGAAUAAGAUUAUAUUCACGGAUAGAGAUUCGCUCACAUCGAACACGCAUUUAACUUAUCAGAUUUUCAAUGACACCAAUGAAUUGGUGCGUCCCGAUUGCACCGGCUACGAAGCAGAUCAUACCGGCAAAAUAAAGUCCAUCUUCAGUUGUCAGAUUCUAUUUGCGCGCAACGGCAUUUUGAGUCAAACAUCAUAUUGCUUUAGUUUGGUUGCAAGCGAUCAUACCGUCAAUGCUAAUACAAUAAAAACAGCCAAAGCGAGCAUAUGCCUAAACUCCGAUCCGAGUAAGAUACAUGAAGCUGAUCGACCGCGCGUUUUGGAGUUGCGCCAACAACGUGGCAUGAACCGACGUCUAACCAACGUAGCUGAUUCGAUAUUGGAAAACGAUAAUAAAGGUUUCYUAGCACCAAGCAUUUUGAGCACCUAUCCAAAGGAUGUUUUUUUACAUCGCACAGCUAAGGCUUAUAGUCGUGUGGCACAACCAGAGAACUAUCAGAGUUUGAUGGAAAUGUCAGAGGUGCGCUUCACGAUCGCUGAAGAUCGUAGUGGCGCUUUUGGCAUAACAAAGUCGGCAGGCAUCAUUUAUGUGAAGGAUACAGCGGCUUUAGAGCAAUCACCGGAAACGGUUUACUUCCUCAACAUCACCUGGCACGACAGCUAUCAACGUUCGUUCGUCAUCAAUGUGCAUCUCGUCGAUGGACAGGCCAAAAAUGCCACCUGCGAACAUAAAAUCAAAUCGCGCAGUCAAACGUGCGCACAAAUYAAAUACCAAAAACAAUGUAUGAAAUUUUGCGGACUCGGCACAAAUGGUGGCGCCUGUGUGUGGCGCGGUUCCAACGCGGGUUUCUUCGGUCGCAAUUAUGCUUCCUGCGUGGCCGAUGCCACGAAUUGUGCGGAUAAUGUUUGCGAUCCAUUAGAAGAACUGAAUACAUUCAUUUGUCCACAAGACUGCGUGGGAGCUGGUAGAAUUAUGGGUCCAUACACAUCCAAUCCAAAUAAACGCGGCAUAUACUCRGCUUCCGGCACCUGCACCUGUGAGGACAAUGGCAAGUGUAUGUGUGCGCCACUCGACGAUGAAGAGCCACGUCCGAAGCGCAAACGAAAGAAUGACACAAAGUCGUUGGAUGUCAAUAAAUUGACGAAGUUCGGUGGUACGGAUAUCACGCAGUCAGCACAAAAUAAUCCGAAUAAUGRUAUUAUUGAACAUGAUGCUAUGAGCAUACAUGUGGCCGGCUUUAMGUGCGGCCGAUCAUGCAUUCUACUGGCUAUCACAUGUCCAAUUGUACUGAUCGUAUUGUUGGUCUGUUUAAUUGCAACACAACGCAAUCUCAUAAGACGUACCCGUGGUAARGAGGCGCUGUCGCAAAAAUCAUCAGCGAACGGUGAUUGUGAUGUACGUAACGGCGACAUGCCGUUAAUGCAAUUGGAGAGCGGUUUGGCAAAAUUCGAUACGGUCGACUCAAAAUGGGAGUUCGAUCGGGCAAAGCUUCAGCUAGACGUUGUACUCGGUGAGGGUGAGUUCGGCAAAGUAAUGAAAGCUUAUGCAUCCAAUAUUGCUGAUAUAUCCGGUGUAACGACGGUGGCCGUUAAGAUGCUUAAGAGUGGCGCCAAUUCGGUCGAGUAUAUGGCAUUGUUGUCGGAAUUUCAAUUGCUACAGGASGUUUCGCAUCCGAAUGUGAUUAAGUUGCUCGGCGCAUGCACGAAAGGCGAAGCACCAAUGAUUAUUAUUGAGUAUGCGAAAUAUGGCUCCUUGCGCAGUUAUUUACGCUUGAGUCGGAAGAUCGAGUGUUCGGGUGUGGAUUUCACUGACGGUGUAGAGCCGAUAACUGUGAAGAAUAUUUUAUCAUUUGCGUGGCAGAUAUGCAAGGGUAUGGCAUACUUGACGGAGCUAAAGCUAGUACAUCGUGACUUAGCGGCGCGUAAUGUCUUACUGGCCGACGGGAAAAUUUGCAAAGUAUCAGAUUUCGGCUUAACACGUGAUGUCUAUGAGGACGAUGCGUAUUUAAAGCGUUCACGUGACCGGGUGCCCGUGAAGUGGAUGGCGCCCGAAUCAUUGGCCGACCAUGUCUACACCACCAAAUCCGAUGUGUGGGCUUUUGGUGUGCUCUGUUGGGAGUUAAUUACGCUAGGCGCAUCGCCAUAUCCCGGCAUACCGCCACAGAAUCUYUAUCAUUUAUUGAAAACCGGCUAUCGCAUGGAGAAACCCGAAAAUUGUUCGGAAGAAAUCUACUCCAUUGUGCGCACAUGUUGGAUCGACGAUCCGAACGCGCGUCCAUCCUUCAAGUAUCUCGCUUCGCAAUUCGAAAAGUUACUCGGAAAUAAUGCCAAAUUUAUCGAAAUGGAGUCGAACGCCAUUUCAAAUCCCAUGUAUUGCAUGGAUGAGGCCAAACUAAUUGGCGCAUCACAACCGGAUUUAACYGCAUGCCUCGAACAGCAGCUGGGUGAGCCCGAUMCGUUGGAUCAUCUCUGGCAGUCACCGAAAAUUUGCUAUGACACACAAGAAUGUCCGAGUAGUCGCGAAUUCUCUACAAAUUUCAGCAUGGAAUUCCAACAGACACCACCACCGCCCGGCUAUGAUGUGCCACGUCCACUUAUCGAAGCGGCAACCACGGAGCAGACGUUACGUUAUGAAAAUGAUUUGCGUUUUCCAUUAAAUAUUCGUAAAUCCGUAUGUAACGGCAGUAUUACGUCGAAUAGUCAAAAUGGCAGCAAAGCUGGUGGUGGUUAUGAUGUUGGUGCAGAAGCGGAUGGCASCGGUGCCGUGGCGGCACAUUAUUCGAUGCCGGUGAAACGUGGACGYUCRUAUGUGGAUAUGACGAACAAGACAUUCAUACCCGAUAACUUGGAUGGUGAUGAGUUUGAGAAACAUCUCUCGAAAACAAUCUCAUUUCGAUUUUCUAGUCAACUGAAUUUGAAGGAGCAAGAUUUAGGCGCAGUUUAAGUUUAUUUAAGGACACUAUAUACAUAUGUAUAAGGCUGGCUGGUUGC